AUGGCGCAGCUAGUGCCUGUUACCCUCAUGAGCUACAAUGUCCAGGGAAUCCCCUCCUUCCUGCUCCCGAUAGCCGACCUGGAUUCCAGAAUCAGUGCCAUAGCGCAAUACGUGUCCCAUGUCGUGAGAAGAUACAACGUGGAUGUCCUUGUUUGCCAGGAGAUGUUUUCGUACACGCUCUACAACGAAGUCAAGAAGGCUCUUAAGGACUACAUGGGAUUGGACAGCGGCAUCCUUCCAAAUCCCUUCACCAAAUCGGGUUGGAAAGGUUUUUGGGAUCGUGUGCUGCGCACAGUCAAUAUCAUAGGAUCCGGAGUCAUCAUUUUCUCAAAGCAUCCUAUCCUGAAUAGAGAAAAGCUGCUGUACUCAGACGGCGUAUACACCGACGUCUACGCGGCAAAGGGCGCCGUGGCGACACGCAUCUCGGUCAACAACCGCCUGAUUGACGUGGUCGGCACCCAUUUGCAGACGUUCAGAGAGAAGAUGGCCCACACUGUCAGGGUGGCUCAGAUGGCCGAGUUGCGUGAGUGGAUGGGAACCCUGUUCGGCCGGAAAGGACGUUUGAAUCCGAGACGAAACGGAGAGGAGGGCGUCCCCAUUGUUUUGCUCGGUGAUUUGAAUUGCUGCAUCAAAAACCAGCAUGACAAAUUCUGGGAAGUUUUCAGUGCGUUCAGGGGCGAGUUGGAAACCGCGUUCGGAUUUGAGGGCAUUCAGCCCACGUUCAGCACCCGGAUAAACGACUUCUGCAGGUAUCAGCAGCGUCCGGAUGAAUACGACGAUGUGUACGACUACAUCUUCAAGCCCCCCCAAGUUGAGGUGUUGCAGCCGCAGACCGUCGUGAGGGACUCCCUUAAGGAGCCAAUAUACGUAGGCGGGAGCUCAAUCAGCAGCUGCCUAUCCAAGCCGCAGCCCAUUCAUCACGCGAGUGACCAUCAGCCUAUCUUCGCCAUUUUAAAGAUAUAA